UCCCCAAACUCCAAACUUGACUGAACUCGCCAGGGAGGGUCCUGGUUAAUUGAAGUUUCCUUCACUCUCUUUAUUUGCCGCGCAUCUGCUUUGUGGACUGGAUCUCCUUGCUCCAGAUUCCUUCCUGCCCGGAUUCACCUCCUCCACAGAGAUGAAGGCCUCCGGUGUGUGGAAGGUAGUGAAGAAGGAGAAGGUGGACGAAGCUCAAGCCCUGGCUCGGAGCUGUGCGGGGAGACCAGACUUCCAGCCUUGCGAUAGCCCGUCCGUCUGUGCGACCCACAGCCACGGCAAGUGCUUCAAGCGGCACUGGUGUUGUCACUUGGGAUGGUGUCACUGUAGAUAUAUUUAUCAGCCUAUGACCCCAGUAGAGCAUCUACCAUGCACUUCAAUCCCGAUCAGCACGAACAGCCACACAGAUACUGUCCAGCUCUCCAUCUCGUUGAUGGAACGUUUUCUAAAGACUUCUUCUUUCCUCAGUCCUCCAUUCACACCCGACGCACCAAGAUACUGCACUAUUUCCAAACUAUUUGUUGACAGCUAUCGGGUCAAAAGGAUUAAUGGGAAGAUGUGCUAUGUCCAGCGUCAGGCUCAGCCAGCUCCUGUUGUGCAUGACCCAAAGGUUGGAGAUAACUUUAGUCAGACUACUUCAGUCUGUUCAAAGGGGCCAACUAUGGCAGACAAGAAGCCAGCACCGCAAAUGAACCAAUGCUCUUCGCCGUCUGCCUCUGAGGAUUCGGGGAUAAAUGCUUUAGGGCUCCACUACACGGAAUCGUGUGAUGAAGACACGGAGGAGGAUGAGGAUGAAGAUGAACUGAGCUCAGAUGAUGACUCCACUCCAGAGAGUCAGUGGGAUCAGGAUGAUUGUGCUUUGCUUUCUCCUUCUCAAUCCAACAUGGAAAUCAUAGAAAAAAUCGAAACAACUGUCUGAAUUGAAGCAACAGGGGAGGAAUUUUCUGGUAAUUCUGUUCAUUCCUGAAGAAUCAAAUUCAACUGAAGUUUACAAAUUCCAAGAUAACGUGAAGAUCUACUCAGUAUUUCAUAAUCACCUUUUUGAGUAAUUAAAUCACAGGAACUGUUUAAAACUUUCAAAGUUAUAAAGCAGACAAUUAAAUCAAACAAAAUGCAUGUAGAUGUUAGAUCAGUGAUUGCAUUUCCAGCCGAGAAUUUUACUGUGGAAAGACCAAAGGGGUCAAGACUUCUGAACCGACCAAGCACAACAAAGCUGGAAACCUUUUAUCCAUGGCUUUGCAAUAUCAUAAUUUGAGCAUCACAGCACCACUUCUAGAGCAGACUGUGUUUCACUCCUGAAAGGUGUUAGGGGUCAGGGGAAAAGGGAGAAGAGGAUAAACACAAGUACACGGUGUACAUUAUGUCAGGAUCAUGCCAAUUAUGGAAAGCAUUAAGCAAAAAGUGCAUUAAGAAAAAUUCAGCACCUUCUCCUAAGUCACAGGUCUGGAAAAGGCAUUGGGGCCUUGGGCCUAAACUUUUGUCGUGUGACAAGCCAUGGAAUAAAUCACAUGACAGGUCAAACGAUUCCUUCAAUCCAAUAAUUUGUAAAUAUAAUGCUGAAUGAGUUGCGUUAACCCAGCAUGAAAAAGUGCUUUAGAUUUUUUGAGUUACUUUGUGAAAUAUGCACUGUCAUGAUCACAAUAUUAAAUGGCAAUUAUUUUUAUUGAUGUUUAUAUUGUUAGGAUAGAUACCAUUGUUACAUUGUGUAGGAAUCGAAGGUAGACACAAAAUGCUGGAGUAAUUCAGCGGGACAGGCGGCAUCUCUGGAGAGAAGGAAUGGGUGACGUUUCGGGUCGAGAGUCUGAAGAAGGGUCUCGA